AUGAAUUCGUUUUUCAAAAAAAUUGAUCAGUGGUGGUCGAAAAUAUCAAUUAUCGGUUCAAAAUUAGUGACCAUGAGAAAUGUUACUAAACAACAAAUAUCUCCUGAUAAUACAAAACUUUGGAGUAUUCCAUCGCAUUUAACAAAUCCAUCUCCAACUUAUGAAACAUUACUUUAUCAUGUUUCUUCACCAUUAGCUUUUAUAACUUUUAAUAGACCUAAAAAAUUAAAUACGAUUUCACCUUUAAUGCCUUCUGAAUUGCAACAUUCAAUAACUAGAGCAAAUCAUGAUGAUUCAGUAAAAAUUAUAAUACUUCGUGGUAAUGGUACUUCAUUUUGUGCAGGAUUUGAUUUUAGUGAUGAUUUAGCUACUCUUCCUUCAAACUUACGUAAUUCAAUGGAGAAUUGGAAUCCUGGAGUAGAUAUGAUGUUGACUACAUCAAAAUUAACAAGUCCAGUUGCUAGAUUCAUGUCUAUUUGGUAUUCACCUAAACCUGUCAUUGCUCAAAUUCAUGGUUAUUGUGUAGGUGGUGGCAGCGAUAUGGCAUUAUGUGCUGAUAUUAUUAUUGCUGCUGAUGAUGCUAUUAUUGGAACUCCCUAUAGUAGGAUAUGGGGAGCUUAUUUAACAGGCAUGUGGAUUCAUCGUUUGGGAUUAACAAAAUGUAAAGAAUUAGCCUUAUCUGGCGAAGCUCUCACAGGAAAAAAAGCAGCUGAAAUUAAUUUAAUUAAUAAAUCUGUACCGUUUAACGAAUUAGAGGCCGAAGUAUUAAAGACAGGUGAAAAACUAGCUCAAAUUCCUGUGACACAAUUAGCUACAAUGAAGUUAAUGGUAAAUCAAGUAUAUGAAAAUCAAGGAUUACAUACUACACAAUUAUUAGGUUGUAUUUUGGAUGGUUCUAUGCGUCAUACACCUGAAGCCAUGCAGUUUGUGACAACAGCUACUCGAUUCGGUGUUCAACAAGCAGUAAAAGAACGCGAUUCGCCAUUUCAAGAUUACAGUCAAGCUGAAGAAAAACAUCGUCCUAAUAUAAAUCAUAAAUUUUCUUAUCAACAAGGAGAAGUUAAAAGCAAACUUUAA